AUGCCGAGAAAAACCCUACUGGCAAGUCUGUACUUCUCUAUCCUCUCAAACCCAGGCUUAGCGACCAUCGCCUUGCCCAUUCCCGCGAUGAAACUCUCCCUUGCGCUUAUUCCUCUCCUUUCUCUCGGCAUCACUGCCGCCCCUGUUGAGGAUGCGAAGAAUCUCGGCGCGCCUGUCACACCCCGUGAGGAUGCUAAUAUCCUCGAUAAGAGAGAUUUGCGUUGCAAGAUUGUGGGCGCCGACGAGGUUAAUUGCAGGAAAGGCUACUACCUAUCCACCAAGGUUGUACGCAAGCUGAAGAGGAACUCCAUUUACACCUUCGACUGCUUCCAUAAAGGGGGCCGUGUUAUCAUUGAUGGUGUCCCCAACUCGUAUGUGGAGUUAACUGGCUGUAUUGGUGCAGGCGCCGAAACUAACAUCUUCGCAGGAGCUGGCAAUAUUUGCCACUCUAUGGUUGCUUUAUCAAUGGUUACUAUACCGAUAGCGAGUGCACUUCGGCAACCCGGUCGUGUUCCAGACAAGCACGAAUUGCGUAGCCCACUCGACCGCACAUUUCUCGCUUUUACUUCGAGGAAGCAUGUCAAUUAUGAAAAGACUCUUCCCGUUCAGCACAGUCUCGAGAAGAAGCUGCAGACACGUGAAGACUUCACUCUCACAGAGCCACCCGUCUUUGCCUCCAACAUGGCGCUUUCUGAGAAUCUCCACCAGCCGGGGUCCGUGCUGUUUCUGGAAAUUGGGAAGCAACUCAUAGGGCACUCUGUGAAAAAUAUCCUGGAUAAGAGUGCCGAGCACAUCUCCUGGGGCAGUCGGGAUGACCGAAUGACGCUUCGGCUUGAAGCGGCCGUCGUCAAGGACUGA